GCCCGCGCCCGCGCUAGCCUGCCGUCAACCGUAGGUCCCCGUAACUGAAAGGAGUCGUCCACCUGACGCCGCGCGCCGCCUCCUCGUCACCCCGUUUCGCUUUCACGUUUCGCUUCGCCUUCCCCUCCCUCCUUCCUCGCUCUCCCUUUAUUCCUAUCGGCGCUCGGCCACCACCUCGCACCAACCCACCCGCCCCCGCAUUCCCGGGUGCCUCGCUUCGCUUUGCGCGCGAUUCGAUCCAGGCUUUGGCUGCAGGCAGGCAUGGCCUCGUCGCCCGCGAGCAGCUACGACUGCUCCUUCAAGGUCCUGCUCAUCGGGGACUCGGCCGUCGGCAAGAGCAGCCUCCUCGUCAGCUUCGUCUCCGCCGCCCACAUCGACGACGACAUCGCGCCAACCAUAGGGGUGGAUUUUAAAAUCAAAUUCCUCAGUGUGGGUGGGAAGAAACUGAAACUCACAAUAUGGGACACUGCCGGCCAGGAGAGGUUCAGAACAAUUACCAGCUCUUACUACAGGGGUGCUCAUGGGAUUAUUCUAGUUUAUGAUGUUACAAAAAGGGAGAGUUUCACAAAUUUGGCUGAGGUGUGGACCAAGGAAAUAGAGUUACACUCAACAAAUAAGGAAUGCGUCAAAAUGCUUGUUGGAAAUAAAGUGGACAAGGAUGAGGACAGAAUGGUGACAAAAGAAGAAGGCCUUGCAUUUGCACAAGAAUGUGGAUGUCUCUUUGUCGAGAGUAGUGCUAAAACAAGAGAAAACGUGGAGAAAUGUUUCGAAGAGCUUGCGUUAAAGAUUCUUGAGGUUCCCAGUCUCUUGGAGGAAGGUUCUUCGGUUGUUAAGAGGAACACUCUGAAACAGAAGCAGGAGAAUUCAAACCAAAGUGGAGGAUGCUGUCAGUAGAUCGGCCAGUUCUUGUUGUAAGUUGUGUUGGAAUGCUCAGCGGCACAAGCAAUGCGAGUGAAGGGAGAACUAACCACUUGAGGUUUUGGUGUGAAUUGGUCUGUACAGAAGUCCUUUUUUUUCUGUUGCCUGACGUGGUAAUUUGGUUUGCUGCUUGUAACGAGAUGCAAUCAGCUGAUCACUUCAUUGAUUGUAUGUGUGGAAGUGUAUAGCUGGUAGAUAAGUUGUAUCUAAAUGCUCAGCGGCACAGCCAAUGCUAGUGAAGGGAGAAUUAACCAGUUGAGGUUUUGGUGUGAAUUGAUCUGUACAGAAGAAAGAAGAAAGACCUUUUUUUUUCUUUUUUCUGUUCCCUGACGUGGCAAUUUGGUUUGCUGCUUGUAAUGAGAUCCAAUCAGCUGAUCACUUCAUUGAUCCGCAUUCUGAAUGUACAGUCGGCUCCUUGUCUCAGCUGGGCUUUGAGUUUA